AUGGCUGGGUCAGGUAGAGGAAGAGGACGUGCUGCAUUUACCUUCAACAUUGAGGCUAUUGGCUUUGCUAAAGGUGCAGCUCUACCUGAUGUCAUGUGUACACCUCCACCUCCAUUUCCUAGUACAGACAAUAAGCCAGUGCCUCUGAAAACAGGAGAAGAUGAAGAUUACAUGUUGGCCUUAAAACAAGAUCUUAGAGGAACUAUGAAAAAAAUGCCGUAUUUUUUGGCAGUAGAAGAAGAUCGUGAAGCAAUUGAGAGGUACAGUAGAAAGUACCACGACAGUGAAAAGGAGCAUGCAAUGUGGACCCCAGAUUGGAGAAGACUCCCGAGAGAGAUGAAGCCAAAGAAAAAGACCAAAAAAGCAGGUGCAAAACCAAAAAAGACAAAAAGCUCUGAGCCUCAAAGUAAUCUGGAUGUGUUGAAAAAAAUUGAGGAGAUUGCCUUCUGACAGGAGUUGGAAAAGAAGGAUGAUGAAGAAGAAAAAUCUGAAGAUGAGAAAGACAAAACAAAAGACAAAGAAGGUGAGGAUGACGAAGAAGCAGAAGAGCCAGAGGAAUAUGAUGAAGAGGAGCAUGAAGAGGAAAAUGACUACAUUUCUUCGUAUUUUGAAGAUGGCGAUGACUUUGGUGCUGGCAGUGAUGACAAUAUGGAUGAAGCAACAUACUAG